UAAUAAUUUACAAUCAAAUUUGUUACAAUGUAAAUACCACGGCGAUUCUUGUCUUUUUAACCUAAUAGCAGCUUCAUGUUCUUUUAACCAUAUUUCCAAUUUCCUUCCUGUUUCUCCUAUGUAAUAUUUCAGUCUUGGACAAGCACACGAUAUCUUGUAAACGAUGCCUGUGAUUUUAAGUUGGACCCAUAGAUUGAAUACCACUGGUAUACAGAAUACAGAUAAAUUGAUCAAACGAUUGGUUUAAAGGUAGAAUUAAACAAAAUUUUUGUAUUAUGAGAGUAUGUUAAAUUGAUGUAUCCAUCUAUUACUUUAGAAAUGAUUAAAGAAACUAUUAGCUAUUAUCGCCAAAGGAAAGGAAUCGCUAUGGGAUCAGUUGUUGGACCAAAAUUGGCUGACAUUUGCAUGAUAGCAAUAGAUGAAAGGAUAACACGUAUAUGUAGACAAUAUGCUGAUAAUAUAUGAUUCACAAAUAAUUUCACCUAAAGACAUUGAGGAAUAUGCAAAUAAGUUGGAUAAGAAUUUAAAAUUUACAAGUGAGGAAGAACAAAAACCAAGAAAUGAAUUUUCUGGAUGUUAUUAUAAAGAGACAAUACAAAAAAAUUUUGUUCCAUAAGUAUGAAAAACCAUGCAGUACAAAGGAAACUAUUAAUUACAAUUCAUAUUGCCCUGUAGAAACAAAGAAGAAUGUAUUUGUAAUGGAAUUAAAAAACACUAAAUAGGGUGACGCUACAAUAAGACAUAGAAAUAGACAAGACAGCUCUUCAAAAAAUUUUUAUUAAAUAAUUACCCAAAGAAUACUGUAUGUAUUGUUUACAAGAUAUCGUGUGCUUGUCCAAGACCGAAAUAUUACAUAGGAGAAACAGGAAGGAAAUUGGAAAUACGGUUAAAAGAACAUGAAGCUGCUAUUAGGUUAAAAAGACAAGAAUCGCCGUGCAUAUGUAAAUGUAAUAAAUCUGAAUACCAGAAUGAAUGUAGAUGCAUGCUGGGAAGAGAUCACCCAGCAUAAAAAGAUCAACAACCGGCAGUUCAUUGUAGCCAAUGAUGAGGCUUGACUGUAAAAAAGCAAAAUGCAUUUGGAUUAUUUGAAUUUUUUGAGAAUGGAAUUAUUGGCAAUAAAGUUUUCUUUUUGUGAACGUUCUUGUAAAUUAUCGUCUAACAUGGAUCUAAACAAUUGGAAUCCGAUGGAAGAAGAUUAUAAUUCUCUUUCUUUUAAUUCGUACGACAGAGGAAAAGGUCAGGGGAUACCAAUUGAUCAUCAUCCAUCGUGGAAAAAUUCAGGACAUUCUCGGACUAUUACACUCUAUGUAGGUAGAAUACCUAUACAAAUUAAUAAAAAAGGCAUACAACUCCUGUUUUCGAAAUAUGGAAAAGUACUACGCUCCUAUCUUUGUUAUCCAAAACAUUCAGAAAUGAACACUGUUUAUGGAUUUGUAGACUAUGCUACUCUGAAAGAAGCAGAAAUGGCUAUAAGAGAAUUAGAUGGCAAACCACCUCUUAAUCUUCGAGUAUCAUUUUACAAGUCUUUUAAAGAAAGGCAGGAACAACAACUUAUUAAAGAAAAAGAAAUGAAUGAUUAUUUAGAAAAAUCUUUGUCAAAAACUGAUAAUCUUAUGAAGAGUGGUGACGAAGUAGCCGUUGUGAACGAAGCCUUGAAAGUUAAAGGUAUCGGACGUGGGAAAAUUUUUCUGAAAAAUACCACGUGUGGUAGUCUGCAAAAUCUUCCAGGUUUCAAAAUGACUAAAAGUAACAAUAAUUCAGAAGUAGAAAAUCCAGAUAAUAUGAAAGAAAGUAACUCUGUUUCUCCCAAAGCAUCAAAUAAUAAAAAGUGUAUAUGAGCGUUGGUAUCAAAGUUCAGCAUCGCCAACUCAACGGAUGUUAAUACCCUUUGGAAUGGUGUUCCGCAAAUUCAUUUUUUGUCUCCAAACUGAAAAAAAAAUUGGGUUACCUUGCCUUGUGCUUAAUUUACAAAAGAUGUAAAUGCCGUACUCCUAGAACCUAUUUCCAGUGUGACGAAAAAACAAAAGAAAAAGUUCACUACAAACGUUUUCGAACUGCUGUGAGUUGCUGUGAUUGAUAUUUUUUUUGUCACACCGGAAAUAGGUUCUAGGAGUAUGAUUUUUUAACACAUCCCGGUGUUAAUGUGGUUGUUGAUGUAAAUGCCAUUGACUGAGUUUAUUGUGACUUAGGUACUGUAUUACCUUCAUUUUACAAAAUAGAAAAAAUUUUAUCACUAUUUCGUACUGAUAAAUAAUAUAUCAUUUUGAUCCAUCCCUAUAAAUUUUCAUUCAUAUACUGUACUUGAAUUUACAUGAAGUAUCAAGAUGGGAGUUGUUUAUUAUUUUAAGAAAAUCUGCAAUUUUUAUUAGUUUAAAAGAAAAUUAAAGAUCACACUUCUAGCUCAGUUGUUUUUUAUUAAAAUGGAGUUCAGUAAAUGAG